AGAGCACUAACCGGUUUCCUUCUCACCCAUGGAGAGUGCCGAACUGGAGAGGCUGAGGGAAGAGAUCAAGAGAAGAGACCAGGAGAUUCACAGCCUGAGAGAACAACUCAAUGACCGGGCUUCUUCAUGCCAGCACGGUGACAGGUCCUCUUCAUGCCAGCACGGUGACAAGUCCUCUUCAUGCCAGCACGGUGACAAGUCCUCUUCAUGCCAGCACAGUAACAAGUCCUCCUCCACACCCAGGCUUCGCAGCACUGAUGAAGAACUGCCUGCACUCUCCCGGGACUCCUUGUCCAAUGGAGAAAUCUUACGCUACAGCCGCCAGUUGGUGCUCCCAGAGUUUGGGGUCAGGGGUCAGCUACGCAUCUCCCAGUGUUCGGUGCUGGUUGUGGGAUGCGGUGGGCUUGGCUGCCCCCUGGUGCAGUAUUUGGCUGCAGCCGGAGUUGGACGAUUGGGGCUGUUGGACUAUGACGAUGUGGAGGUGAGCAACCUUCAUAGACAAGUUCUCCAUAGUGAGGAGAGGAUAGGGAUGCCAAAGGCCAUAUCCAUGGCCACCACAUUGCAGCAGCUGAAUACCACUGUUGAAUACGUCCCGUACCAGGCGAUGUUGAGUCCUGCCAAUGCUGUGCCGCUUAUCCGCCAAUAUGACAUAGUAGCGGACUGCUCAGACAACGUACCCACCAGAUAUCUGAUCAAUGAUGCCUGCGUGGUUGCUAGAAAGCCGCUUGUAUCGGCCAGCGCACUUCGCUGGGAGGGCCAGUUAACUGUAUACAACCAUCAAGGAGGACCAUGUUACCGCUGCCUGUUUCCCAUCCCUCCACCUCCAGAAACUGUCACCAACUGCGCUGACGGAGGAGUUUUAGGUGUCAUCCCUGGGAUCAUGGGGUGUCUACAAGCUCUAGAAGUGCUAAAAUUGGCCUCUGGAACAACUCCCAGUUAUAGCGGCACCAUGCUGAUGUACGACGCAAUGGAGAGCCGUUUCCGCAACAUCAGGCUUCGAGGGAAACGGGCGGACUGUGCCGUUUGUGGUGGUGAGUCAGAGCCAUGUAUCCUAAAGGACUAUGAGGCGUUCUGUGGUUCUUCCGCCUCUGAUAAGUGCCGGACGCUGAACCUGCUGACUCCCGCUGACAGGAUGACCGUUCAGGAGUACAAAAAGCUUCUGGAUGAUAGAGCGCCUCACCUGCUCAUUGAUGUCCGACCGCAGGCCGAGGUGGACAUCUGCCACCUGCCCCACUCUGUCCAUAUCCCACUGGGCCAACUUGAGGCUGGGAAUGCUGUGGAUGUCCUGGGGAAAAAGAUGAGUGGAACAGGCGAGUGCGGCAGUCACCAAAUGAAACUGAUCGUCAUCUGCAAACUUGGAAAUGACUCACAGAAAGCUGUGAAAAUUCUGCAGCAACUUUCUAAAGAUGGAAUGUGCAAGUUUAUAGCGAAGGAUAUUGCAGGGGGUCUGAUGGCAUGGGCUGAGAAGAUCGACCCUGCCUUUCCCAAAUAUUAG